AUGUCAUCCAAAACAGAAAGAGCUUGUAUGCUCUGUGGAAUCAUACAGCCUUAUAGAAAAUUUCUUGAGAUAGGAUGUCCAAACUGCGAGUCUGUGUUGCAUUACGCAGAUAAUGAGGACGGUCAAAUACAAGAUUGUACAUCGCCAUCUUUCGAAGGCUUGGUGGCAUUGGGCGAUGACAACAAAAUUUCAUGGGUAGCCAGGUGGCUUCGUAUAGAUUCCUUUGUCGCUGGCCUUUAUGCCGUAAAAGUGAACGGGAAAUUGCCUCCUCAUAUCAUAAACGAUUUGGAGGAACAAAACAUCAGUUACCGACCUCGAGACGGAAGUGCAGAGGAUUGA